UCUACGGAAGUCGGCAGACAGAAGAUAGCGUUAUCAAUAUCCGCGGUAUUUGCAUUAUAAAUUAUCUCUCAUUUGCGUUUACUAUUAUUUGAGAAGAAGGUGUGUGAAAAUCACAUUUGCAAACGCUCCCACGAUGUUCGUUCAAUUAGUCAGUGUGUUAAUACUCGUUCCAAUACUAGCAGAAAUGGAAACUAUCACAAAUAUUUCUUCAACAGACUUUCCAUUGGUAAAUAAAUCUUUGAAUAUAAACGAUACAGUGGAUACAAACGCCUCAGGAACAAAAGCUAGUUUCCUGCUCUACGAUUAUCUGAUUCCAACUAUCGGCAGCCUAAUAAUAUUAUUAAAUCUGGUGGUCGUGAUCUCCAGCGGCCUUAUCUUAAAGAAAGGUCAACAACCUAGAUCCACCUAUCUAUUCCUAGGUAACGUGGCGAUGACCGACCUAGUGACAGGCGUCGCCGUGGUUUUUGGACAGGUCUAUCCCAAAGAUAAACGAGAUCAUUACCUCUGCGCUGUCCAAUUAGGUCUGAUUGUUUCCAGUACUCUUACAUCAGUUUAUUCAGUGGGAUUGAUUGCGGUCGACAGAUUUUUGUACAUUCUUCAUGGUAUGCAGUACCAAAGAUGGGUCUACCCAACGCGAGCCAGGCUGCUCAUAUGCGUCUCAUGGGCCAUUGGUCUCUUUGUUGGCUUUUUACCCCUUAUGGGAUGGUACGGUGACACAAACAAUGGAAGAAUUUGCUGGUUUAUAAUUCUUGCCCCAAAGGGAUUGGUGCUGCUCACAGUCUUAGUGGGGAUCGUUCCACUUUUAGUGGUUAUAUUCUUGUAUUCAAUAAUACUUUAUCACGCCAUAAAGAAAAUUAUUCAACUCCAACAACAGACAAGAAACAGAAAUAAUACAAAUAUACAGGAAGAUAUUUCUUCAGGAAACAUAAGGAUGUUUAGAGGUGGGGGUAACACUUCAGAGAAUGAAGAACAACCUCAAGUGAAAGAAAAAGGCAUAUUGAGAUUUUUCAAGAAAAAACCAUCCAGCUCGGUAAAGUCACCAAACAAGUGGAAGGCAAUAAAAGUGGUACUUUUUACAACCGGUAGCUUUGUCCUGACUUGGUGCCCGUAUUUCAUUACAAGCCUCAUAUAUGUCUUCAACUGUGACAUCGACAAUACAAGCAAAAAAUGCAAAACGAUGAGAACCCUAAUUGCAAGCCCUUUGGCCAUACUUGGUUUCAUGAACAGUUUUCUUAACCCAGUAAUUUAUGCUUGGUGGCAUAAGGGCUUCCGAACUUUCUUCAAGAAAAAGGUGAAUAAUUUGGUUAUGCGCAGUACACAUACAGACGUGGCAGACAAUUCAACUUCGAAAAGCACCAGCAGUAAAAAUAUAUCAGAUGAUAGUGACAAGAAUAAGACAUCCAGGAACAAAUCUAAUCUUGAUGCGAGUUAGAGAAAUAGUCGCCAUGUUGAUCCAUACAUAUAUUAAUUUCUAUGAAAUUAUGAGGAAUGAAAUUAAUCACUGUUAUGUAGGUAUACAUCAUGGGGUAGUGCAUGUAUAAAUCUGAUUUAUUAUACUUAAUUGUUUUGACAUAAUUUUUGUCAUUUAUAUUAUUAUUAUAUGUAAUUAUUCACAUUACAUUAAUGUAUUAUGCCGAAAUCGAAAUAAAACAUUUAUUUAACAAAGUUAAUAAAUGAUGUGGAAUAUUCACACAGGGAUAGUUUAACUUUAAUAAAUAUUUGUUUUUAAAUAUUUUCUAAGAGAUCUCUUAUCAGUGACAAAAUUCAAUGUGAAGAUUAAGUUCUUUAUAGGAAAAAAAUGAGCACUGGGCAUAUCAAUUUUUGACAAAAAUUACUUUUUUUAAAAGCAUUCUGAAUGACACGUCAUCUGAAAUUUGAACCGAUAAUUUUCAAGGAAAUUAAAAUAAAAUAGUUUAACUCCAAUAAACAAUUUAUUUGAUUUAAACAAAAAAGAUCAUCAGAUUUCAAUCCUGUAACUUCGUUUUAUUAUUUUAUCUUAAAAUAGAGGCAUUAGCAAUUCUUAUUUACUUGUAAACUAUUUUAACACUAUGUCAAAAAAAACAAAAUGGAAAAGUUUUAAUAUUUUGUAAAUGAUGUCUAGAAAACAAAUAUGCAAAAAAAGGAAAAAUAAUUAUAACACCUCUUCAUAAAUAUUUUAUGAAUGAAUAAAUUUUUUCUUUCGAUGUCUUAAAAACUAUUCGUCUGUCACUUUUAUUUUUCCUUCGCAUAAAAAGAAUUUAAUCCUCGCAUUGUAAAUCUGUAUAACAUAAAAUGAUAUUUUCGAAGACUGAUUUUGACUAAUAAUAUAAUUCCUACAACGCUUUUGUUAGACUGUUCAAUAUCAAAUAUAUCACCAACCUACUCCAAAUUAGAAACAUUUUUUGUGUAAAUGUUUUGUCUUUAUGCUUUGUUAUGUGUGUGUUAUAUCAGCAAUUAUUUAGAAAACUCUAUACAUUUCAUUCACAGUGAAUUAAAUAAUAAAAUAAUAUGUACUUACCUACACUUUUUAAUGUUUGGAAGCAAUAAACGUAAUAAAAAUAUUUGCAUUUACUUACAUCACAUUUUUU